AUGUCUUCUUCUUCUACACCCCACGGAUUCUCUCACUCAAAUGCGAUUAUUCAACCUCAUCACUCGAGUCAUACUGAAGCCAGUGUUUCAUUCAGCUCUGGAAAUAAACACUUAUCCGCAAACCCGGUGGGCCCCGCACCAAUUCAGCCUAGUUCAUCGGCUUCAACCACCUUUAGCCACCAACCUGCAAACCUUUCGAAUAUGGAUUCCAAUCAGGUAUCCGAAUAUGUCGCACAACUUCGCAACGAGGUAUUCCGUCUUCGCAAAAUUGUUGAUCGGCACCAGGAAGAGCGGGCUACCAAGUUGGCUAGUUUGGACAGAGAAGAACGUAGUGCAGUGGAAGAAAAUCGUAGGCUCCGUAAGGCACUUCAAUCGGAAAUACAAAGACGUGAAGCCCUCUCCAGGCAGUUGAGUGAGAGUGAAUCCAGUUUAGAAAUGGAAGACGAAAGGCAAUUCCGCUCAAUUUAUAAAGACUUUCAUUCACAAAAUUCAUGCUUCUACUCAAGGCAAUUCAACGAGGCGAGUCGGCACAGUUUCAGUGGCUCCACUCGUGUUCGCACUACCUCGGAUAGCUCCUCGUCUUUUAACCUACCUUUUCAUCCACAACCUUAUCCUCCUGGUUUCUUCAAUCCUAUUGGUAUGUGUGGGCCCGGGACAGGUUGCACUCAACAAACAUCGCUUAAUCCUGCCUUUUAUGGUCCUGGACAUGCAUAUGCUGCCGCGGUAGCCGCAGCCGCAGCUGCACGUUCGGCUGCUUGCACUGGAUCAUCCGUGCCUCUAAGCAAUGAGCCAAGUUCUUCUGCAAGUCGUGUCUGUCGUGAGUGCGGCCAGCUGGUCUGCUUGCCAGUUACUUCAGUCGUACCUAUUGGUGGAACUUCGCUUACACCUAAUUGUUCCAGUGGCUGUACUUCUACCAACCUACCUAUUAUACCAUCGAGUAGUGGUGGAAUUUCUCCUUCGCAUCCUCAGUCAAAUGUCUCCCUAAGUUCUGGAUACGCAGCUCCAUUCGGACAUAUUAAUCAGCCUCAGCGCCCAAUUGCAUCUGCAAGCCAUUCACCCUCGCCCUCGCCCUCACCGAUGAGUCCCAACUCAACUCCAGGUGUUUGUGGUUCGGCAUUCACUUCGGGCUGCCAGCAUGGGAGUUCAUUCACCUCAACCAAUCUGGCUGGACCUUCUUCUUGCUCCUAUUCUAUGACUCGGCAUAUUGGCUAUCCUGCUCUAUCUAAUUAUGCCAUUUCAGCUGGCACUGCUGGAGCUGGUAAGAAGCGCCAUUAUUACUACACAACCACGGGUGCCAGUUAUGCACGGGCCAAAUAUGGCUUUCAGUAG